AGGCCAGAUUUGCCACCCUCGUCUCACCCUCCCUCCCUCACACAAAUAAUAAGGAAAGGUCCCGCCCUUUUCCUCCGACAUCCACAAGGGGGGAGGGGAAAACACGUACAUUCACCCGGCGGCAAUAAUGGCCUCGGUUCCGGCUCCGGCGACGACGACCGCCGCCGUCAUCCUAUGCCUAUGCGUCGUCCUCUCCUGUGCCGCGGCUGACGACCCGAACCUCCCCGACUACGUCAUCCAGGGCCGCGUGUACUGCGACACCUGCCGCGCCGGGUUCGUGACCAACGUCACCGAGUACAUCGCGGGCGCCAAGGUGAGGCUGGAGUGCAAGCACUUCGGCACCGGCAAGCUCGAGCGCGCCAUCGACGGGGUCACCGACGCGACCGGCACCUACACGAUCGAGCUCAAGGACAGCCACGAGGAGGACAUCUGCCAGGUGGUGCUGGUGGCCAGCCCGCGCAAGGACUGCGACGAGGUCCAGGCGCUCAGGGACCGCGCCGGCGUCCUGCUCACCAGGAACGUUGGCAUCUCCGACAGCCUGCGCCCCGCCAACCCGCUAGGCUACUUCAAGGACGUGCCGCUCCCCGUCUGCGCCGCGCUGCUCAAGCAGCUGGACUCGGACGACGACGACGACCAGUAAACUAUACCACGGCGGCGUCGCGGACAUGCUGCACAAAACUACAACGAUACAGAGCGAACGCAUGGCAUGGAUAGCAGUAUCUACGGAAAGAAAAGGAAGAAAAGGAAAAUAAAAAAUGUAUCAGAGUGCUUGAUUCACUUGCUGCUGUCACCCAUUCCCCGUUCUUAACAUAACAUGUGGGCCGGCUUGGCCCAGGCACAAGCCUAUCUACGCAUGGCCUACGGUCCGCUAAAAUAUAGCCCUAAUUAUGAGCCGUGUUGUGCCGUCACAUGGAUCGAUCCAGCGGCAUACGAUACAACCCACAAUUACUUAUGUGUGAUGGGCCGGCCAAAAAAGCCUAAGAUGUCGUAGUGUGCUAGACCGACUCAUAUAUAUAAAACAUUAAAACAUAUUGUCGGG